UCUAUUGUUUGCCGUCUUCGCAUUACGACGUUUGCUCUCCUGCCACCUGCCCUCGGCGGCGCCGCCCAUUUCCGACGGAGGAAAUUAUGAAGAAACUCAUGCAGGGUUUCCGAAUCAAAUCUAUUCUCCUACCUUCGCUAUCAGAGAAUUAUAGCUCCAGCCCUAGCAAGUCACUCAUCUCCUGGAUUGCACUUUACUCCACAGCCUCUCAGAAGAAGGCCAUUGCUCCGAAACCACAUGCGAGGAACUCUAUUUUAGCUAACUACCUGAUUGGCUCCUUAAAAUUCUCAAAAGAUAAAGCCCUUUCAGUCUCCAGCAAAUUCCCACACUGCGAAACUCUUGAAAGGCCUGAACAAGCAGUCCGAUUCUUUAGAGGUCUUGGUUUUUCUGAUGCACAUAUCCGAGCCAUAGCCAAUAGUGUACCCCGCCUUCUCUUUGCUGAUACUGAAAAUACUUUGAAACCCAAAGUCAAAUUCUUUCAAGAACUUGGUCUCUCUGGACCUCUUCUCGGUUCUUUCGUUUCUAGAACCCCCUGCAUCUUAUAUUGCAGUGUGGAGAGAUGUCUGAAGCCUAGAAUUAACCUCAUUAGGAAUAUCUUCGAAAGUGAUGGAAGAAAUAGAAGUAUUGAGAGUGUUAACGAUGAUCUGUUUAAGACCAUUACAAGGUGCGGAAGGAUUGUCCUUGCGAGACACACAUUGGAAUCCAACAUUCAGUAUCUGAAGAGCUGCGGAGUUGUUGGCUCACAGUUGUCAUCCUUGCUGUGUAGACUGCCUAGGAUCUUUUCUCUUAAACACGGUAAGCUUGAAGAGAUUGUUUCAAGAGCUCUGGCGAUGAAUUUCACUAUGGGUUCAAGAAUGCUGGUACAUGCCAUUCAUUCUCUUAGUUGUAUGAGCAGCGAUACUUUUAAAGUCAAGUACGGAAUUUACAAGGCCUUCGGGUUCUCCAAGGAAGAGAUUGAUUUAAUGUUUCGGAAGUCUCCAUAUAUCUUUGGGCUAUCUGUUGAAACUUUGAGACGCAAACUUGAAUUUCUGCUGAAUGAUCUUAAGCUCAGCAGGUCGGUGGUCGUUCAGUUUCCUGGAAUCAUGUCGCUGAACUUUGAAGAACGGGUAGGUCCACGAUACAAAGUUCUGGAGGUUCUAAAGACGAAGGGGGUUUUGAAGAAGGAUCCGAGCUUGAGCAGGGCGAUGUGCUUGCCGGAGAAUAAGUUCUUGGAAACUUAUAUUCAACCGUUUCAAUCCGAGGCUGAAGAACUAUUGUUGGCAUACAAUGGCCAAAUUCUGAAUACAUGACCAGAAGUAUGAUGUUGUAUGGUGGUUUUAUGGGAAAAUUAGAUGGUCAAUUCAGGUCACUGGAUCUCAUUGCAUAAUUAUUUGACUGUGAAGUUGAGCUUGCAAUUUUGUGUUGAUAGAGAGGAUCUGUUGAAAAGAAUGUAUGAUGAAACUGCUACUGCACUUUUUUUUUUCUUACUUAGGAUGUAGGAAGAUGAAAGCUGAUUAUGGAUUGCUCAUAUUCAUUGUAUUGACUCUGUUUAUGUUUAAAUUUAUUUUUUGGGAAA